AUGGAUCCUGCUGCCUCCCGAUCGCUACCAAAGCGCUCCUUGUCGCCACUAAGAUUGAGGAUGGCAUUAUGCUGUCUAAAGCCCGGGAGCAAGCUGAGGGGUGACUCCUCCUCAACCGUGCCCCCUAUUUCCCUCACCAGUCCCCAGAACCGUGCCCGCCUACACAAUCAAUUCAUCAAACAGACAUCAGAGGAGCUAUCAUUCUCUCAAGAGGUGCUGCAGCAAUGGGGGUUCCCCGGGAUACCCUUUUCCCAGUAUAGAUUUGAUCAGAUCUACAACACAAAAGAAUUCAUCACCGUCCAUGAAUUCAAGGCUCGGAAAGCCCCCAAACUCAAGAGCUGGUUGCCUCCCUCUAUAAUGGAGCUGCCAUCUUUACCAACCCUUCCACCGUCGUCAUCCAGAAGCGCCAAGAUCCCAAAGAAACACAAGCUGAGAAAGCUUCCCAAGAAACUAGCCUCCCCCAGCGAUACCUCGGCUCUCUCUUCCACCAGUCCUGUUUCUGAGAUUUUAGACUCCCAAACCACGAUUCUGUCAAGCGCCGCAGAGUGGGGCUUGGAGCAAAGGGAAACGUGGCUUCGACCCUCGGAGAAGGAGACCAGAGGCUGGGAGAAUCUCAUGCUCAAAAAACUGAACAAGCGCACGGCUCGAUGGAUCUUAAACAAACUACCCCCACGGCCCGGGGUCCCCCCCAGCAAAUGGCAGAGUUUCUUGAAACAUCAGUACGAUUGGAGCCACAUCCGAGAUGAGCUUUCUUCUGCCAGUGACUUGGAGCUGCUGGCCCAGCUCGAGGCGGAAGAGAUGGCUGAGUAUGAGGGGGGUAUGGAAACCAUCUCUGCAGUGCAAGAGGAAAAGAAACCAGAGUUGCUGCUCCCUGUUUACUUCAGAAUUCCUUCUUACAUACCACCUAAGAAGAGACCCGAGAUCAUGGCUGGCUACAAUAAGACAGUUGACGAUAUAAUCUCUGAGUGCAAUUUGUUCCGGAGCCGACUUUCAGAACCACCUCGACAGAUGACAUCUAGAGCUGGGGAAUAUGCUUACUCCACAGACAAUGCCUUUGAACAGGAUAUUUAUUUUGAUCUAGUUCAGAUUAUCCAUCAGAAAGAUGUGGAGAAUGAGAUCCUUUUGGAAAACCAACAUCGGUACUACAAACACUUGCCAAAGGUCUUUCCAAAAAGCCCAGAAGAAUGGAAUCAUGAGCAACGACCUCUAAAAUUUCCCAGGCCCAAGAAGGGAGCCUUCCGUUGGACUUCCUUGCCCACCCCAGCCAAGGAACUCAUGCUCACAGACGAAAACACUGUUUCUACCAAAAUCAGAAGAGGAAAGAAAGAAGUUAUAACAAAAUUGGAAGAGGACGUGCCCUGGGAGACGAAGAUCCUCCGGAACAUUUUACAGGAUUGGAAGACUGCCUGGAUUAUACCUACCCAGUGGAAAGAUGCCACAGUGGAGGGACUGGUACGGAACUUGAAAAGUGUACAGGAUUGGAACCGGACUCAAGCCAUCAUCACUUGUGCCACGGCAGCCUUGGAGCGACCCCGAUUCCAGGAGACUCUGGAAGAUAAUGAGGAAGAAAAGGUAGAAGAGCCACCUGUUGAGGAAGUACCAAAGGAACUACAGCCUCUUCUCAAGGAAGCAUUAAUGGAUAGGAAAUUUGGUGUACGUGUAGCAGCCGCUCUGUUUUACUACUCCAUCCAAGCACACAACCACCAAGCCCAAGAAAUCAUGCAGGAUGCCCUGAGGCAGGGUAAUGAUGCUGACAGCUGGGCAGCAGCCCAAUGCCUGGCUCUGGAUGGAAUUGCUUCUUUUCCUGUAAUAAAGAGGAUUCUCCGCCAACUGUUUCGCAAAAAGGAUAAGGAAACCGAAGAACAAGCCUGUAUCCUACUGAGCCAUCUCAGUGAUAAGACGACCCUGAUACAUACCCUCCUUGCUGUUGAGCUGAACAGUUGCCAGUGGCAAGUUCGGAUUGUGGCCUGCCGAGCUCUCUCCCGGAUUACUGGGAGGAGUGUCAACAAGGAUCUGAAAUAUAAGUUGGUCCAACUAAUGUGGAAUGAUUGGAACUUGGAAGUACGCCAGGCAGCAGCCCAAGCCCUUGGGCAGAUGAAGCUGGGGAAGGAGGUGCAUGACAAGAUCUGGACCAUGCUGGGUGAAGGAAAUUCCCAGGAUCGGGUCGAAGCCCUCUCCUUAAUUGGCUGGUUGAAGCUUAUGACUGCCAAAUUGCUUCCUGGCUUCCUUAACUGCUUCUCUGAUGAUUUCAUGGCUGUGAGGAGAGAAGCCUGCCUUGCAGCUGCUUCACUCAGGAUAAAAGAUCGCAUGGUUUUUGACUGCCUCCUGAAGCUGGUACAGGGUGAUCCAUACUGGAAAAUCAAAGCUUUUGCCAUUAAAGCUCUGGGAAAUAUUGGGUAUGUAAAUCCCCAGUUAACAGACCUCUUGCUCUGGGCUCUCCAUUAUGAGGAGGAGCCAGGCGUGAGACUGGAAGCCUGUCGGAGCAUCACUGCCCUUAAAAUUAAAGACGACAAAGUCCGAGACACCUUCUUAGACGUGCUGCUCCUGGAGAGUCAUGAAGCUGUUCUUAUGGAACUGAGUGAAGCAAUAAAGAAUCUUGACUUUCAAGAUGAAGGAAACCAAGAGAUGCUUCAAAAGAUCAAGAAAAGGAUUGUUCAACUAAGUAAGAAAAAUUUGAUUAGCGACCAAAUCAUGAAGAUUGAGGAGAUUGCUAACAAUCUUCGUCAAGAAACAAAAUAUAUCUUUCUCUCCCGCCCCAGAAAAGAUAAACCUUCAGAGGAACUUGUAGAUUUUUUCAAAGAUGCUUUUAAGUGUAAGUUUCCCAGAGAAAGUCAUAUUUACUAUCUUAAAGCGUCCCCAGCCUCCCAACGAGCAGGCAGCCCAUGCACACUCAGGGCCCUCUCCUUCUCUGACACCACUGGAGGCAGGCAGUCGUGGAGGAAGCCCUUGGCCCUCUGGUCAGCCACAGCAUCCACAGGGGCAUACUGUGCCAGGCGGCUGCAGAACGAAGGCUUCAAUGUCAUCGUAGUGAGGGGCAAAACCCUGGGAGCCUGGUGGAACAGCACCUGCCACACGACAGCAGAGAAGGCCUGUGGACACAAGAGGCGCAAGGAGCAGCCAUCUCGGUACAGUGACCAAGCUAUGGCUGGGAGAGCCCUCCCAGGAGGGUUCAGCGUCUCACGCUGGCCGUUCCGGUUCAGUUUUUCUGCUGCCCCAGAAAACGACUGUUCCACCUCUCUUUCCUCUCCUUGCGCCUUCGGGGUUAGGACUCGUUCAGGCUCUACAGUCUCUCUCUUGAUUUUCUCUUUCCUUGCACCGCGACUCGGUUUUUCUGCUGCCCCAGAAGUCGCUUCCACCUUCUCUCCUCUUUGUGUGGUCAGGGCCAGAACCCGUUCAGGAGACAGUACCGCCUCUCUCUCCUCUUCCACCGCUACCGUCGGGGGAUUCCUUGGGGAGCCGUUCAAUUUCUCUGCUACCUUAGGAGCAGGAGACGCGGGCUCCACCUCCCUCUCCUCUCCUGAACAAGCCGUUGGAGACGGGGCUCUUUCGGGCUCCGCACUGCGGGCGGAGGGAUCAGAGGAGCUUCAGCCUCGGGUUCCCCGUCCAGUUUCACGUCAUUUUGCUUUUUUGGCAGCGGUUUGGUCUUCGGGGUUUCUCUUUAUGGAUGAUACCGGCGGCCUCUUGCAAGCGGUAUAUAGCCAAAGCAGACACACGUGUGCCGUCCAUGUUGUGGACAGUUUAAAAAAAAAAAAAGAAAAAAUUGGACUCCUCCUCUUCCGGCUGGGCUUCCGGCCAAGAUCCUGGGAGGGCAGUACCGGAAGUGCUGCAGUGACGUACAACGGAGGGCUCGGGCGGGACCUCCCGCGGAGGUUGACUGGGCCUAAACCGAAUCCCUUCACUAAGAGUUUCGCCUUUGAUCAGAAGAUCCCUGGAAGAUUGACACUCAAUAAACGUCUAAAAACCAUCAGGGAAAAAAGAGUUGCUAAGGGGCCAUUUGCUUAUUCCAGAAACAUUCCUAAAACUGAAUGA